UUUCUGAUUCUUGUUCUGAGUGCUCUGCCGCCUCUGGCAUCUUCUUUGGCAUGGGAAGUUCCUGAGUAAUGUGGGUUAGAUGAAUAAGGAAGUGACUGGCAAGAUCGGUGCGAUUUGAGCUGCUCUUGUUUCUUUUAUUGCCAAACCGUGGAGACCCAACUGAGGUUUUGAGAUGGUUCUAACCAUCCAUUGCACUGGAAAGGUCGGAUUUUUAAGAAGCAGUACGAGGGAAAGCUCUCUGUUUUUUCUUCUCCCGAUUAGUGUUAGUGAUCGUUGUAGUGGUGUUCGAGGUGCAAUCUCAUCAAUAGGCCUAAGGAUCCGGGUUAUUGACUUGCAUUUGAAGGAUUAGUGUUGUACUCAAUGGCAUUUGCAAGAAUUGUUAGGGGCAACCUGAGAAGAGCAGGAGGUGCUAUUGGGAGCUUUAGAGAUGGAAAUGAAGUAGUUUUUAGAGGAACAUCUGCGGAUUCAUUUUCCUUUUCCUCUUUCGAAAGUGUCCCCACGAGAAGCGAUUUUUCCAACCACUUACUGGUGAGUAAGAUUAAUUAUUCUUGUAACUGGAGCAGAGGAAUUAAGACAACCCCACAUGAUCAAUUUCCUGUCGCCGAGAGGGCAUUGGCGGAGUCCGAUUCUGAAUAUGAGAGGGACAGAUAUCCGGGUCUUGAACCAACUAAGCCUGGAGAAAAGCCGAGGGUGGUUGUUCUUGGUACCGGUUGGGCAGCUUGCAGGUUUAUGAAGGGGCUUGAUAUGAACAUGUAUGAUAUUGUGUGCGUUUCACCCCGAAAUCACAUGGUUUUCACUCCCCUUCUUCCGUCCACUUGUGUCGGAACCUUGGAGUUCCGUUCGGUUGCUGAGCCCGUUAGUCAGAUACAGCCUGCUCUUGCGGCUACCCCCAAUUCUUAUUUCUAUUUGGCUUCCUGCACCGGGGUUGACACUGACAAGCAUGAAGUGUACUGUGAAACUUUUGGCGAUGGCGGACUGCCUCAUGAGCCUUACCAGUUUAAAGUUGCAUAUGACAAGCUGGUCAUUGCAGCUGGAGCCGAGCCCUUGACUUUCGGUGUAAAGGGCGUCAAGGAACACGCCUACUUCCUUCGCGAGGUGAAUCAUGCCCAAGAAAUCAGGAGGAAGCUUUUGUUGAACCUCAUGCUCUCUGAAAAUCCAGGUAUAUCAGAAGAAGAAAGGAAGCGCCUUUUACACUGUGUUGUUAUUGGUGGUGGACCAACUGGGGUGGAGUUCAGCGGUGAAUUAAGCGAUUUUAUCAUGAAAGAUGUCCGUGAACGUUUUCCUCAUGUUAAGGAUUACAUUCAAGUCACCCUUAUCGAGGCAAAUGAAAUCCUGUCGUCGUUCGAUGUUAGCUUGCGGCAGUAUGCGAUGAAUCAUCUAACAAGGUCCGGGGUUUGUCUUAAAAGAGGCGUGGUGAAAGAGGUGCAUGCGAAGAAAAUUGUACUGAGUGAUGGCACGGAUGUUCCAUACGGCUUCCUAGUCUGGUCCACCGGUGUUGGACCCUCAGAGUUUAUCAAGUCACUUAGUCUUCCCAAAUCCCCUGGUGGAAGGAUCGGGGUUGACGAAUGGUUGCGGGUACCUUCAGUGGAAGAUGUGUUUGCGCUGGGGGAUUGUGCGGGUUUUCUCGAACAGACAGGGAGGCCGGUGCUUCCCGCUUUAGCUCAGGUCGCGGAAAGGGAAGGGAAAUUCUUGGAGGAGCUGUUUCGUAGGAUAGGGAAGCAAAAUGGAGGGAAAGCAUUUUGCUUGAAAGACAUACCUCUAGGAGACCCAUUUGUGUACAGACAUUUGGGAAGCAUGGCUUCUGUAGGGCGUAACAAGGCGCUCGUCGAUUUGCGCCAGUCUAAGGACGCGAAGGGAAUAUCGCACGCGGGAUUUGUGAGCUGGCUGGUUUGGCGUUCAGCUUAUCUCACAAGGGUAGUCAGCUGGAGGAACAGGUUCUACGUCAUGGUGAACUGGACGACGACUAUGGUAUUUGGAAGAGACAACUCGAGGAUAGGUUGAAGAUGGUAGAGAUAUUCCAUACCUUAGCUGCUUGACACUAGUCUUGAAGUUUUGUCAAUUCUGUGGUACUUUGUGCUCUUUUUGGGUGGAAAGGUUCAUUUAUUUGUCACACAAGUAUUUAGCGUGGCUAGUAAAAUAACGAUGGUUUUGCA